CUAAAUACAUAAUCCGAACAUGAAGAUGCCUGGACUCGCACAAAAGUAUGAUUAGUCAAGAUAUGCAUAAAGCUGAAUGGCAAAUUAGAAAAAGAAAAAGAAAUAAUAAUAAUAAUAAUAAUUAGUAUUCACAUUUGAAUUAAAACGACAACGUUCCCAUCCUUUCUCCAAACUUAAUCAAGAUUCAAGUCCUUAGUGUCAAGGCAGAAUCUAGAAACAGAAAGAAACCUUCUAAUUGGGGUUCUGCAAGGGUUUAACUUUAACUGCACACGCAAAAAAAAAAAAAAAAAAGACAGCAACUCCAUAACUAAAUCAUCAAAUUCUCAAUUCCCACCAUGAAAAGAGCUUCAAUUUCAUUUCUUUCUCACCUUACUCGCCAGAAACCCAAAAUAACACUAACUCCUCUCCUCCCAAGAACUUACAUUUCUGGCACCACUCUUCAUCCGCCCACUGAUCAUCUCAAAUCCUGCACCAAAACCAAUGGUCUAAUCCUAAAAUAUCGCCAAUUCCAAGCAAACCCGUCUGAAGAUAUUGAAAAGAAUCUUCAAAUAUCAUCUAGGCAAAGAAAAAUCAAGGAAAAAUCUCAACUAGAAGAGGCUUUUGAGUCUGCAGAUACAGCUGAUGAGAUGCUUCAAGCUUUUAAAGAAAUGGAAACUUCUUUUAAUGAGAAAGAGCUAGGUCUAGCUUCAUUGAAACUUGGGUUAAAACUUGACCAAGAAGGUGAGGACCCUGAAAAGGCUUUAUCUUUUGCUACUAGAGCUUUGAAUGUUCUUGAUAAUAAUGAUAAUAGUAAACCUUCAUUACUUGUUGCUAUGGCUCUGCAAUUAAUGGGUUCUGUCAAUUAUAGUUUGAAAAGGUUUAAUGAUUCUUUAGGGUAUUUAAGUAGGGCUAAUAGGGUACUGGGUAGGCUUGAGGAGGAGGGAAUUAGUAAUAUAGAGGAUAUUAAGCCAGUGCUACAUGCGGUGCAGCUUGAGUUAGCGAAUGUUAAGACGGCAAUGGGGAGGAGAGAAGAGGCUUUGGAGAAUCUUAGGAAGUGUCUACAGAUCAAGGAGAUGACUUUGGAAAAAGAUAGCAAGGAAUUGGGUGUGGCGAAUAGAGAAUUGGCAGAGGCUUAUGUUGCAGUUUUGAAUUUUAAAGAGGCGCUACCAUUUGGUUUGAAGGCCUUGGAGAUCCAUAGGAGUGGGCUGGGGAAUAAUUCCGUGGAGGUUGCACGUGAUAGGAAGCUUCUUGGGGUCAUUUAUAGCGGGUUGGAGGAGCAUGAGAAGGCACUGGAGCAAAAUGAGUUAUCACAGCAGGUUUUGAAGAAGUGGGGUCUUAGUUCAGACUUGCUUCACGCAGAGAUUGAUGCUGCAAAUAUGCAGAUAGCUUUGGGCAGGUAUGAUGAGGCUAUUGAUACUUUGAAGGGUGUUGUUCAGCAGACAGAUAAAGACAGCGAGACUCGAGCAUUGGUGUUUAUCUCUAUGGCAAAAGCUCUGUGUAAUCAAGAGAAGUUUGCCGACACAAAGAGGUGUUUGGAGAUUGCUUGUGGAAUCCUUGAUAAGAAAGAGGCAGUUUCUCCAGUUGAAGUUGCUGAGGCAUACUCAGAGAUAGCAAUGCAGUAUGAAACUAUGAAUGAGUUUGAGACUGCAAUUUCUUUGUUAAAGAGAACACUUUCUUUGCUUGAGAAGCUCCCACAAGAGCAGCACUCGGAGGGAAGUGUUUCUGCUAGAAUUGGAUGGUUACUUUUGUUAACAGGUAAGGUGCCUCAGGCAAUUCCUUAUUUAGAGAGUGCUGCUGAAAGGUUGAAAGAAAGCUUUGGCUCUAAGCAUUUUGGAGUGGGUUAUAUUUACAACAAUUUGGGGGCUGCAUAUUUGGAAUUGGAUAGACCACAGUCAGCUGCACAGAUGUUUGCAGUUGCAAAAGACAUUAUGGAUGUAGCCCUUGGUCCUCAUCAUGCAGAUUCAAUUGAGGCAUGUCAGAAUCUCUCCAAAGCAUAUGGUGCCAUGGGAAGCUAUGCCCUUGCAAUUGAAUUUCAGAAGCGGGUGAUUGAUGCAUGGGAAAGCCAUGGACCUACUGUGCAAGAUGAACUCAUAGAAGCCCAGCGACUAUUUGAACAAUUAAAGGCAAAAGCCCGUGGCGCAUCCACAAACCAGCUUGCUACAAAGGCUUUGCCCUUGCCUCAUAGUAGUCCCUCUGGCAGAACUCUACUAUAAUCCCUCUUAAACCAAAGCAAACAAACAUGAUAUAGUCCGAUCACAUCUAGCAUAUUGCUCCAUUUCUUGUAAGUGGAGAGGAUUUCAUUUUGUCUGGGGUUUCCUGUUCUCCCUCUCCCUCUCCCCCCUCUUCUCUCUCAUAAUUUUUUCAUACGUACACAAGUAGCUAGUCAUUCAACCCAUAUAAGAACUAUUUUGAAAUCAAAAUCAAUGAUGUUAGCAGUGGUUAUUGAGUAUUGAAUAGGUCACAAAAGCAUGGUUGAAAUCAAUUUUUUAUUUAUUUUUUCAAGUGAUAGGUUUUUCCUUCAUAGGCACUUGUCCAAUAGAGUUGCUUGAGAAUAAAUCCAAUAUUCAGGGGAAGUGUAUUUUGUGAGGAGGCUAAAAUAUAUUUCUUCAAUAGUUUUCUUUCCUACAAGCACUUGCAUCAAAUAAUGUAAUAGUUCUAAGGUAUAAAUAUUGGUACAAAUUGGCUAUGAUCUUCUUUUUCUCAAGGCUAGUGAAUUCUUGGAAUUUUACAAAACCAUGCGAGGAAGAUCAUGAGCAAUUAUAGCAACUACACUCAUUUUUGGUGCCCAUCUAGAGUUUUGCAUUGCUUUUAGGCAUAUGCCAGAGUCGAUUUAUUCUCCUAUACCAUAUAUAUACCUCCAUAAACAAAAGGCACCUACUUUUCAUUUAUGCUUGAAGGGGUCACUGAAUUUGAGGAAAAGUCCUGUAAUGUAUGUACUGCAUGUCACUGUAAUCUUCACUUUGUGUAGUAUCAUUACUUGGUAUAGUGAUUGACAGGCAGAUAUAUCACCUUCAGCUAAUUGCAGGAGAGGGAAUUAUAUUGUGUUGCAUGAUGCUUUCUUAACUUUGAAUGUCACCUGCAAUACCUUGAUGAUGUUCAAGCUGACAAGACAGUUUCUCAUGAUGUUUUAGUCCAUAACUCAUGGAUGAUUGGAUGUUACUGUUGUUUCCACUUCCGAAAUUCUCAAUUGAAAUAUGAGGAAACAAAUUUAUUUA